CACACUCUUUCGACGGCCUGCCUUCUCUUAGUAGCUAUGCUUGCACAAACCAUAAAGCCAUUUCAGCAGUUGUUGUCGACGCACUACUAGAAGACCAGGCAUGACUGUAGAUCAUCUUCUUGAUCCCAAGCCGAGGUUCCUCGGCCAAGAAAUGGCGGGGGAUCUAUGACCUGGCGUAACACCUUCCAGUGUGCAUCUUGCGGCCUCCUUUCUCGUGAUACACGACCAACCAGACAGCUCUGGGCAUCAUGUAUCCCUUUUCCGAUGCCACUACCGUCACCUCAACUGGGACUCACACGUACACCGCAAACUUCAUCAAGGAUUACUGCAUUGGCUCAGUCCCUCAUGGCGGAUACAUCACUUCCUGCUUCAUGCGCGUGGCCGAGCUGCACUUCGCCACGACCCUGAAGAAGCAGAAUCAGCCGCAUACCAUGUCAAUGCAUCUGGAGUUCCUUCGACGUACCAGCAUCGGACCCGCACUGUUCAACGUCAGAGAUGUGAAAAUAGGCAGAGGCACCUCAGUCAUCCAUGUAACGCUCUUCCAGGAGGGAGGUGACCGCGAAGAAGUGGCCGCCUACAUCACCAACAGUAAUCUCAUCACAGAGGAAGGCACAUCCUUCCCUACAGGCUGGAAGCUGGAGCCGGCGCCACCUAGUGCCGACGUGCGCGCCCUCAAAGCUGGUACUGACGAUACGUGGAAAGAGCAAAAGUCCAUGCCCUUCGCCAUCUUCCGUCGUGCCAGUCAACACGUCAACUUCUACUUCCCCAAGCAAGGUCAACGUAUGCGCAGUCUGGCAGACCAAUGGAUGUGCUUCAGCAAUGGCGAGCGGUUUACCAAUGCCAGCUUGGGCUACGUUUCCGACAUGUUCCCCCAGAUCCUCGAGAGCUAUCGGACAGGCAGUGACCCCUAUGCCGUUGAGCCUUUGCGUGACGCCAAGGAGAUAAAUGAGCUGGCUGCUCAGCAAAAGGGCUUCUCUUCCGCUUGGUAUCCGACCCUCUUGUUGAACCUCGACAUCAAGAAACUGCUUCCAGAAGAAGGUGUUGAGUUUCUGUUCCUGAGAGUACGCGCAAAGCAAAUCAAGAAUGGCAGAUAUGAUCUGGAAGUCAUCAUCAUGGACGAUGGCGGAGAUAUUGUCGCGCUGAGCCAUCAUGUCUGCAUGGUCAUGUCAGCUCAGAGAAACCUGCAACCAAGAUCGAAGCCGGCAGACAAGCCAAGUAAGCUCUAAAUGGUUAUGCUCUAUGUGUAGAAUAGUGUACAUGCCAAUUUAGAAGUAUUGUCAUUGUACCGCAAAUCUCCAAACGUUGCGUACAACCCUCUUGCUGUCGAGGUUGGAAGACCCACAGAUCAUUUCUU